CUAAAGCCGAACCGGCCCGCAGGAAUAACCUCUCGAGCGCCUCCCCCUCCCCGACCGCCCCGCUCCGCCGACCCCACGCCGAAAUCAAACCCCAACUCGUCCGCUCCGGUGAUCCGCCGCCCCAGGAGGCGAAGCCCCACGACGCAUCCGCGCGGAGCCUCCGCCCGCCAUGACUGAGUAUUGGGUGAGCCAAGGAAACAAAUGGUGCGACUUGUGCAAAAUCUUUAUAUCUAACAAUCCGUUCAGCAUCAGGACACAUGAACUCGGCAAACGCCACAAGGACAAUGUCACCCAAAGAUUGUCUACGAUGCAAAAGGAUGGCGCUGCUAAGGAAAAGGAGCAGCAGCAAGCAGCUAAAGCCCUCCAGCUGAUAGAGGCUAAAGCUAAAAAGAGUUACCAAAAAGAUUUGGAGAAUAACCAGAGAAACACCGAUGGUGACAGUUCUGCAGCACCUGGAGAAGGAUGGGUAUUUGACUCAACUUCAGGAUAUUAUUAUGAUAAGUCUACUGGACUUUACUACGACUCGAACUCUGGUUUCUAUUAUUCCGACGGAUUAGGCAAAUGGGUCACCCAGGAAGAGGCAUACAAGUGGGCGGAAACCUCAGAAACUAAUGUUGCCCAAUCCUCGACCUCACAACCAAAACCGACUGGUGGAAGCGGGCCUGUCCCUGGUAUUAAAGGAGGGCCAGCCCCAGGUGUGGUUGUCACGAAACAACUGAACCCGAUGAGACCUGUGAAGGGCGCUCCGUCAGCCCUUGCCGCUAACAAGCGAAAAAGAGAGGACACCAAGAAGCCCAAGGUGGUUUCCAAGGAGGAGGAGGCGGCACUCAGAGCACGGGAAGCAGCGAGGAAAAGAGUGGAGGACAGGGAGAAGCCUCUCAUGGGAUUAUACAAGACUUACUGAGGCGCCAAUGCUCCCAAGCUCAAUGGGUGGUGCGCCCAGUUGCGCCAAAACCGUGGUAAUGCCAAUGGAUGAUAUUGUUCUGAAAGAAAAACGGGGAAGACUAGCGCCGAGCCCCGAGCUGCUCUUCAGCGUCAGUGACACAUGUAUGCAUUGUACAAUACCUCGUCAAAAGUUCCUAAAUCGGCCUUUGCGCAAAACAUGUAAAUGGACAGCUCAUCCAUUAUCAUCUCUCUUGUUGUUUCUUCCCAGUGGAUUGGAUUGCACAUGAUAUAAUGCCGAGAACUGUAGCCAAUGCGAGCGCCGCUUGAGAUAGAUUGUGUGCCAUCUAAGUAUACAUCAUCGUUUCAUUUA